GGCGGUGUAAUUGAAUCAAAAUAAUGUAGAGGUGUCGUAUUAUACGAUACGGGCAAUCAUAACUCAGGCUAUCUUGUCUCUGUGUCGGCCUGUGUCGGCCCGUGGCGGCUACGGGGGAUGCGCCGAGGGUGCCUCUAUAUAAGGGUUGUCAUCUCUCGUACCCCGGACACUCGUUCCACCGCAGCAACAGGCCGCAAACGUCGCGUAUCCUCUUGCAAACGCGAUCGUUUCCCUUGUUUCCUAUCUUUCUACUUCUUCUUCGUCUCGUGCAACAAAUCUGCCAGAAGCCACACGCUGAGAGGAGAAUCUCGACGUCCACAGGCCAGCAAAAGAGUUUCAAUAGUCAUAAUAGCGAAACUUACGACAUGAAGAGCUCGUUACCGUCGCUGUACGUGCUGCCAUUCAUCUGCAACUGUGUCCUGGUCUCCUCCUCCAUAUUAACGCCUCAGGAGGAUGAUGGGGGCCUGAGGAUCUUCAAGGAUACGCCUGGCGAUUUCGAAUACGUGUUGAAGAGGCAUAGUGUCGAUAGCCGCUCAGAGGAUCCUGAUUCGAAGGAACGACGAAGCAAUAUGGGCUCUUCCUUCAUUAGAUAUGGUCGCAGCGAUGGUGAUGGAAGCAUAGAAAAAGCUUACAAAGGUGACAUCGACGGAAGUUCGAAGGUGAACAGGUAUCCUCGCUGGAAGUCACCGGAUAUCUUUAUUAGAUUCGGACGAUCGGGAUUCAAAAGCCUGAAUAACGAUAGGGAGUACAAACGGGGAAGGAAUGAUUUGAACUUUAUAAGGUACGGUAGAAACGUGCAGGUUUAUCCGGUAGAGAUCGAUAUGGCCUCGGUGUGCACAGAUUUAAUGUCGAACAACGAGAUCAAGGAUCUUCAUCCGUACGAAGCAAGAUUACUGCGUUUGUGCAAUAUUCUGACCAACAUCGAUGCCGAGCACAGGAACAGUCUAGAUUUUCUGGAAGAACGGCUCGAUUCGAAGCACGACUAGAGGAAGCUCUUGUGGUCGAUCUAUCGUGCCACUCAUCGAGAUUCAUGUCGAUCCACUGCUAACAGCUCACUUCAGGAACAUCGCAUUGCUGCACUCAAUCCUGAAAUUUCGAUGGACAACGUUGUUAUCGGCCUAUUCAUAUUGAGUUACGUGUUCAUGGAGACUUAUUACACCUUCCUUUCAGCUUUUAACUAUGUAAAUGAUUUUACGAAGCCGGAUGAUAUUACUGUCUGAAGUACUCCAGGUAAAUUGGCGCUUGAUAGUAUUAGUCAACGUUGAUGUAGCCAGGGUUUUGCCGCCAUAGUAAUUUAAGUCUCGUGACUUCCACUUUGUUUGAGUUGUGUUGAUAUUUUAGUGAGUUCGAUUCACUUCAAUGCUUAUUCAUCGAUUUAUAGAUCGUACUAUUUGAUAUUUUUGUUGACUUGAUAUAUUUAUUUUAUGGAAGCUUUGACAA